CACUGGUUCUCUUAGCUAGGGAUCAUGGGAGUUGUAGGCCAAAACAUCUGGAGGGCCGCAGUUUGGGGAUGCCUGAUCUAGCCCAUGCCUGCAUAACUUGGGACCUAGCAAGCCAAAUGCAGCCCACUUAGCCAAGUAUGCCUGCCAGCAACUCAACAACCUCUUGGCAGUAGAACCAGGAAUUUUCUCAAGCUCCGGGUGAUCAUUUGGCUUGGUAAGUCACAAGUUCUGCCAGCUUGAUGCAGUCCAGCCAUGCACCCAAAAGGCAUUUCCACCUACCCACCAGCAAUCCAAAUCACACCUUAGCCAGGAGAGGCUGCAAAAACUGUGCUAUGGUCCCCUCUUGUUGGGUAGACCAGGGAUGAAUGAUGGCUGAGCUCAAGGCAUGGGUGGGCUGCCUUGAUGGGAAGAGAUACUAAAUGAGCACAUCCUGUUGCUGUAAAUAACCCAUUGCAGACCCACCCUGACAGCUGCAAAUAAGUCCAAGUUCAUUCUCUGGUAGGCAUUGCAAGGGGAGGAUGCCCAUGCCAGCACCCUCCCAAGUCAUAGCAACAAUUUAAUAAAACCAGCUGUGAUACCCCACCUUGUUGGUGAGCUCACCGUGACUGUUCCAUUUAAUUUCCACUCUGGUUGGUUGCUCUGCCAGCACAGACUUCAUCACCUUGAGUUUUUGACAGGGGCUCCUGGAGAUCCAGCCUUUUCCCUCUAGGCUGCUCCACCACCACCCCACCCCAUCAAUGGCAAGAGAGAUUUUGCAGCCUCUCAGUUACAGGCCAGCUGUAGGAGCCCCAUCUCUCUGUUGGCAUAUGUGACAAGGGAAGGUCCAGCAGGCAGUUCCUCAUGCCAAGGCAACACGGCAGCUCCUUGCCAAGACUGAGUAGGAAGCCUCUUCACUGGAGACAGCAAACAUGUGCUUUAAUCCUCCCUAGUAGCCAACAGCCUGUGAUUCUCUCUCAUUCUCUCUCUCUCUCUCCCUCUCCCUCUCAUUCUACUGAGGAGUGAAGUCAGCCUUCAUCAGCUGAAUAGUUUGUGUAUAAUUUGACCCCCCCCCUAAAAAACAAUCACAAAACCUCAGACCAGGCUGGAUGGAGGAAUCAGCUGGCUUCUGGAGCUAUGAAGUGCUUUUUAAGCCAAAAAAGUAGGGGAGGAGGAGAAACAGCAGCAGAAUUAAGCAUGGAGAAAUCAGGAGAGACUUUUUAGCAGCUGGCGGAGAGUUGCUUGCUUUGUUCCAAGGAGCCAAGUUGCAGAGCAUCUCCCAGCUAAUAUUAAAUGACAAGUCAAGAAGAGAGCGGCAGCCUUGUCCUGGAAAUGUACGCACUGUGCCUUUAAGACUGUCUUGCGGGUGAACUGAGUUUCUCAGUUUAGCCCUGCACGUGGCAGAAUAUAUUUUUUUCGAGUGGGGGGGGGAGAGAAAUCACGUUGAAUUUCUCUCUUUUUUCCUGGGUCAUGCCUUUGGCACCUUCUUUAUUCCUCUCUCUCUCUCUAUUUCCACGAGACAAAGCUACUUCAGUUUGGAGCACAAACAUAUGAUCAGCACAUGGAAAUGUGGUAAUCCGGGUGCAUUCGUGAUUGCAGCCGAUUGAAGAAAUUAGACUAAAAACAUUUUUUUGAAGAAGAGGAGGAGGAGGAGAAGGAAAGCUGGGGGAAAGCAACAGGGAGAGUGGUUAAAAAGUACAAUUUGGGACAGGCGGAUGCUGAAUACAUCUGGUCGGGAUGGAGAGGGACCGGAUUACAGCUCUGAAAAGAUCCUUUGAGGUUGAAGAAGCAGACCAGCCUCCAAAUUCUUCCACUCCACAAAGACGGACACCCAACCCUCUUACUAGGUCCACAGUGUCCAGCUCCACACAGAAAUUCCAGGAUCUUGGCACCAAGAAUUCAGAGACCCCUUCCAGACAUGUGGAGUCUUCUGCACAAAGAUCUCCUAAAUCUUCUCUGAGGAGAGUUGAGCUCUCUGGACCAAAACAUCCUGAGCCAGUGUCCAGAAGAACAGAAAUCUCCAUUGAUAUCUCAUCUAAGCAAGUGGAGAACUCCACCCCAGGAGCUUCAAGAUUUGGCCUCAAGAGAGCAGAUGUGCUGGGGCACAAACCCCCUGAGACCGCUCCCAGGAGGACUGAGAUCAAUAUAGGCAAGCCUCAGGACCAAGCUCUUCGCAGAAUGGAAGUCCCCUCAAAGAUCCCUGAGCCAACACAGCGCAGAAUGGAAGCUGCUAGCCCACCUGUGCCUGAUGUUGCCACCAAACGUGUGGAAAUCCAGGUAGCAAAAUCUUCAGAGGUUCCAGUACCACCAGUCAGGCAGAAUGAAAACGUGGAGUUUUUCCCAACCAAUCAGCACCUGCCACCGGAACCAAAGCUACAGCCAGCAGUGACUGAAAUUGCACCCAAAUGCCAAGAAGAGGCCAUUCCCAGCUACCCAAGCGGCAUGAUGGAAGCCACUCGAGAUGCUGGCAUCAAGCAAGCCCCACCAACGCGGACAGAGAAACCAGCUGCUGAUUUUGCCUAUGUUGGGAUAGAUGCCAUCUUGGAGCAGAUGCGGAGGAAAGCCAUGAAACAAGGGUUUGAGUUCAACAUCAUGGUAGUCGGUCAGAGUGGCCUGGGAAAAUCUACUCUAAUCAACACUCUCUUCAAAUCCAAAAUCAGUCGCAAAUCUGUGCAGCCAAGUCCUGAAGAGCGCAUCCCCAAGACAAUUGAAAUCAAGUCAAUCACACAUGAUAUUGAAGAAAAGGGUGUUCGUAUGAAACUAACUGUCAUUGACACCCCUGGAUUUGGAGACCACAUCAACAAUGAGAAUUGUUGGCAACCCAUUAUGAAGUUCAUCAAUGAUCAAUAUGAGAAGUACCUCCAGGAAGAGCUUAAUAUUAACCGGAAGAAGCGGAUACCAGAUACCAGAGUCCACUGCUGUAUAUACUUCAUCCCCGCCACCGGUCACUCCCUCCGGCCGCUGGACAUUGAAUUCAUGAGGCGCCUGAGCAAAGUGGUCAACAUUGUGCCUGUCAUCGCCAAAGCAGACACAUUAACGCUAGAGGAGAGGGACUACUUCAAGCAAAGGAUCACAGCAGAUCUCCUUGCCAAUGGCAUUGAUGUCUACCCACAGAAACAGUUUGACGAGGACUCUGAAGACCGACUAAUAAAUGAGAAAUUUAGAGAAAUGAUUCCGUUUGCUGUGGUGGGCAGUGACCAGGAAUACCAGAUAAAUGGAAGGCGAAUUCUGGGAAGGAAAACAAAGUGGGGCACAAUUGAAGUUGAGAAUACAACGCAUUGUGAGUUUGCAUACUUGCGGGAUCUUUUGAUCAGGACACACAUGCAAAACAUCAAGGACAUUACCAGCAGCAUCCAUUUUGAAGCCUACAGAGUGAAACGCUUGAAUGAAGGCCAGAAUAUGCUCUCCAAUGGCGUAGCUGACAAAGAAGAGUUGGUAGCCAAUGAAAUGUAACACUCCAUGCCUAAGCAAGGACCCAGCCUGCUCUCUUCCUCUCCCUCUCCUGCCCCACACUUUUCUUUUCGUUAAAAAAAACAAAACCAAGAAAAAUCCCAUAUAAACUCUAUGCCACUGUUGUUUUCCCCUCUCCGCCAACAAUACCCAAGCUGCUGACAUUAACUGACCAAAUAACAGUACUUUUCUGUAAUAAAUGUAGUGUCUUUCUCUUUUCUAGUCUCUGUGAUGUGAAAGAUCUCUGUUCUUCUGUGUAGGCUGUAGCUACUGAUCCCUAGGGAGGGAUGAGGUUGAGAGGGAACCUCAACAGGAUAUGCAUUGGUUUGAUGUUUUACUUUAGUUGUGGCCUCCUUGCCAUAGGUCCUUUACUGUGAUAGGUGAGUGUCCCUUUCUUGAAACUCGCGGGGAGCUUCUAAGACGGAGAUGGACGUUGUUAGAAAGCACAGACUGACACCCACCCCACCCCCACCCCUGUCCCCUUUGGUCAAUUGGGAGGUGAACUGUAAGUUUCAUAGAUAGCUGCCUUAGUGUUGAAGUCUGGUGAAGUUGAAUGUGAGUGAUACCUUGGUGUUGUGCCAUGAGUUGAAGCUAUUAAGUAUGAGGCACAGGGCUGUGUGAAAGAGAGAAGAAGGUGCCACACAUACCAUAUCCUAUCCAUGCAGUUUCACCUCCAGUUAAAGCAACCAAGAAGUUGCAAUCCUGACCAGGUGAGGUUGAUCUGGAUGAGGAAGCUUUCAUUAGCAACUUUGUUGAUACAGGCAUGGUGAGGCAAUGAUGGAUGCUAGGUCAGACAUGCCACCAAAGCAUCCCCCCCCCAAUAAUAUGAAAUUGAGAGAGAAUAGAGAGGUGCUCCUGUCUGCCUUCUUUGUUUCAGUGAUUCAAGUCUAUGGUAAUCUUUUUCUUGAGCCACUUGAUUUCCUAGUGCCAAAGGUUUACUGUUUUGUAAACCAGAGUGGGAAGGGGGAAAGCAUUGUGUGUUUGUUUUUAGUGUGUGUGUACGCGUGUUUGUGUUCCUCUCUCUUUUGUAUCUUAUCGCCAUCCAUUUCAAGUGAAGAUUUUCAUGACCUAGAUAAAGUUUUUUAACGUGAGGGUAGAGUGAAUGGAGUAUUAUCAGAAGGCACAAUUCCACUCAGCACUAUGCACAUCUUACUCCCUGCAUGUCUGAUCUAUAACCCCUUUCCUUUUUAAAAAAAGCCAGCAAUAAUAGGGAGCCAGCUUGCUCACUGGAGAAAAGGAGGUGGUCUACUAUGGGAUCAAAUGUAAGUCACCUUGAUUCUUAGGACAUUCCUCUCCUCCCCAAUCCCCCUGUCCCUUUAAUCUCAGCUGAAAAGAGUUCAAUCCUUAGAGCUCUUGUUCUAACCUGUUUCUUAUUUAAAAUGUUAGAGAGGCUAUGGGGGUGUUCUUGGCUGUUUCUCAUUGUGCAGCUUUAUGUGUGUGUAACUUUUCUAAUUAUCUGUGGCUAAAAUUCCUUAGGUCUGCACAUAUAGAUGUGCCAUGCAUGCAAAAAGGUAUGGGGAACCUGUAACCCUGCAGGUGCUGUUGCUUGAACCCCAACUCCCAUCAUCCCUGAGCAAUGGCCAAGCAACAAAAUCUGCAGAGCCACAGGUUCUCCACCCCCUGCUCUGUAUUAAAUGCUGAGCCCCAGGAUCUUGCAUGCAUUCUGCAGUAAUGCAUGGCCCUUGGUUAAGCACACAGCUUAAUCUAAGAUUGACAAUUUACACAAUACAUUUCCCCAGAUGAUCUCUGUGCUUGAGGGCGGUUGUGAGGCAGGGAUCAUGUGGAAGCUGUUUACCCCAUCAACUGGUGCAAAUACGUGUGGUCCUAGGCCUACUUUCCAUGCCACAUUUUAAUACUGAAGCAGAGUUGUGCCAGUUGCUCAAAGGGUUCUUUUUAACACGGAUUUCACUUGAAUACAUCAGUCAGUCUUAACUCUAGUGGUCAGGCAACUAAACUCUGACAAACCCAGUAGUUGCAUGAAUGAACCAUCUCUUUACAGAGAAAGGGGGAAAGAACUGUGCUUGCUAAACACUUACCCGAUUUGGAGGGGCAGAGGCCAUGUUCAUAGUUGUGGCAAUCUAACCAAGAGAACCAGCAGUCACAGCUUUCUCUUCCUCAGACAGCAAAUCUGAAGUAGCCAGCUCUGUAGAACCUCCUCCUUUUGUGCAAUGUGCAGAGGACUCUCAUCACAGCUCCUUUUCCAAAGUGGAAAGCUCUGGCCAUGCUGCCCUCUUGUGGAGCUGCAAAGAACAGAAAGGGCAUGCUGAUUCCUGGCUUUCAGAAAAGGCAAAUGAUAAGUUUUCAUCUUGCUCUCACUGGCACUGAUGUAGCCCAUUCUCAGCUGGCAAACAUGCCUAAGGGGAAUGCUUCACACUUUAACACACAACACACAGGGAUCUCAGCCAGUGGCCACUUUGUCUUGCAUGUCCUUAGGAUGCAAGCCUACAAACCGACUCUAACCAAGACUUCCCAUGAGCUUACUUGCUGCUUCCACAGUGUUCCCUGACAAGUGCUUUCCUUUAUGACUCGAAAACUGUGUCAGGCAUUUAGUUCACUUGUUUUGCCACUCAUGGCCCUCAGUGGAUGCAUCUGCAAAUAUUCUUUGCUCAGAGGCACUCAUAUGUCGUCGUUUUUUGUGUUGCAAGUUAAAUCUAAGCCUGCCAUGUUAACUUUUUGUGUUGUCCCUCCCAAACGUAAAAAUGAAUAAAUGGAGGACUCUUUACUGAGCUGCAUUAAGCUGAGGAAAAUUAUUUUUUUUACUUGCUGACUUGCUAUAUUUUAGCAAAAUAAAAAUUGUAUUAACUAAAAAAUAUAUAUAUUUCAAGUGUUUAAGACUAUGAAAAGGGUAAUGGAGAAUGUUUCUUGGUUUUUUUAGAUGCACUUCAGCAACACACAAAUUAAAAUGCAUUGUAUCUUGUUUGCCAAUAUCUCAGCCAGCGAAAGCAAGACAAAAAUGGCUUUCUCCUUUUAUAUUGUACUUUGGGGUGGGGGGGAGGUUUUACCGAAUGAAACCAAAAAAAUAAAUCAUCCAAAUCUAUUAAAAAUGGCCUUUUUGAGGAUUGUAUGCAUUAUGACAAAUUUAGUUCUGUUUUGUAUAAAUAAUAGUGUUUAAUAUGUAUUUCCCAAAAAUAAAUGUUUCAAAUGGAAAAUGUCAGAAGGAUUAUUGUUGUCUUCAGGGCCAAAAGGUACCGUAUAUUUUGUGUAUGCUUUAGCUGGGAACUACACUUUUGCCCAACUGUUCUCUCAGCUUCUAAAGGUUCUUUUGCAAAUGGACCAAAAGUUGCAACAAAAAUGGGAUGGUGAGAAAGAUAGCAACUUAUUUUGCAGAGAUGCUUGAGUGUCUCUCCCCCUGCCCUCAUCUUCAGUGCAGAAGCAGUACAGCGGAUUGCCAUUCCUGAACUGAUAUUUUCAGGAAUGGAAUCUGACGGAAUUGAGGCAAAUACAGUCAUACCUUGUGUUGUGAUAGGUUCACAUUGCGUCUUUUCAGCUUGUGAACACGGCAAACCUGGAACCACACAUGCGCAGAAGUGCCCUAUUGUGCUCUGCGCUUGCGCAGAAGCGCCACUCUAGUUGCGGACUUUUCGGGAUGCGAAUGGCACUCUGGAACGGAUUGAGUCCGCAACUAGAGGUACCACUGUAGUGAUGAUGCAAGUUAAAAAGUAACUUACAAUCAAAUGGUACAGUGAUUAAACAACAAUACCCCAAAAUCUUUAAGGUGGUUUACAACAUAUGCAGAUGAUGUCUUACCAACUGAAAAGGAUCUUGGGAUGGUAGUGGUGGUGAAUAGCUCCAUUAAAAGGUUGACCCAGUGUGUGGCAGCUGUGGAAAAAAUGAAUGCCACAUUAAGGAGCAUUACAAAAGAAUCAAAAAUAUAACUACAUUGUUGUAAUGACUUAUCAGUUACAAAUUUAGCACUUAUAUUGGUCAAGAAGAAAUCACAGCACACAAAACACAAUAAACUUCCAUAUGUGGAAAGGUUUCAGCAGUUGGGGUUUUUCAGGUUAGAAAAAUGGUGAGAGGAGGGACAUGACAGAGGUGUAUUAAAUGGAACAAUGUAUGGAAUAAGUGGACAGAGAGGUUUUUAUCCCUUCCUCAUACUUUUAGAGCCUGUGUUCAGUUGGCUCUACCACCUUCAGCCACAACCCAAAAAUAAAUCUACCAAACUGGGCAUCGCCAGCACAGUACAGUCAUAUCUCACUCCAUAUUUCUAUGUAGUUUUGUCCUCUGGUCCAAGCCAGUAGCAACAGGAGGAGGUGGAGCAGAACUCCACAGGGAAUGUAUGAAGAGAGGCCAAUACAUUCCUUGUCGCCAUUCUGUAGGAUCAUCCCAGCAGCAUGAAGUGAACAAUUCAAGCAUGGCCCCCAAACAGUUGUCAAUGACUACACUUAAAAACACAUCUUGGUUAAUUAAAAAAAAAACAAGGGAUCCUGUGGCACCUUUAACAGCUCACCCAUUUUUUGUGGUUUAAGAUUUCCUGGGCCAUAGCCCACUGUAUCACUUUAUCGCUUUUAAAACCUAGGCUCUGACCCAAGAAAGCCUUUUCCGCAAUAAAUCUGCUAGUCUUUAAGGGGCCAAUUCUGACUUGGUUGAUUUUUCUGCAGCAAACUAAUAUGGCUUCUCCCAUCACCACCCUGGUGUGUAUCUUCUUGAACUAUGGUAUCAAAUGCUACCAAAAAACAAAUUUCAUCUUUUCGAUCUUAGCGUCUUAA